GUUCGAUUCGCGCUACAAACUCAGAAAGAGCGGAAAGCGGCCAAACCAACGUUUCAAAGCAAGGUAUACAAUUGCCUCGAACGGCCAGCUGGUUGGCGAUGUUUCAUGUAUCAUUUCAGUGUUUUUGUAGUAGUUUUGGUAUGUUUGAUACUCAGUGUUCUCUCAACGGUUGAGCAACACAGCAGAUUUGCUGGUGAACUGCUUUUUUUAUUGGAAAUUUUUCUUGUAAUAUUUUUCGCUAUUGAAUAUUUGUGUACGGUUAUGGGCAGCCGGGUGCCGUUCGAAAUAUCUCGGUUUCUGGGGUCGACUUCGAUUCGC